CCAGACGACGCCCCGCUGCCGGACAAAUCGCCGAGCAGCAACGCGGCCACGGGCGCCUCAGCCGCCAGUGUCCGCGCCCUCACCUCGCAGGCCAUCGCCUUCUACUUCCGCGCCCCCGUCAAAGCCUUCUUCCGCACCCGCGUCGACUACCUCGCCUACGCCCGUGCACUCCAGGAGCAGCAACAGCAACAGCAACGGCAGGCCCACGCCGCCGCCGCCAGGCUGGCAAACGACCCCCUCCCUCAUUCAACCCCCAGCCCCGCCACCGCAACAACGACCCACCCACCCCGACACUGGCUCCUCUCCCGCCUGCGCUCCACCGCCCCGGGCCUGCUGGCCUCGGCCAUCCGCCACCACGGCUGGCGCGUCGUGCCGGACCAGGUGCUGCCGCCGCUGCUCGCCAACGCCGCCGUCGGCGCCGUGCUCUACACGAGCUACCUGCAGGCGCUUGCGCGGCUGCACCCGGAGAGCGGCCGCGCCAGCCGCCGCGUGUACCCGCCGCCGGCGCCCGCGCAGACCUUCGCGGCCGGGUUCGUGGCCGGCGCCGUGCAGAGCGUGGUGGCCGCCCCGCUGGAUGCCGUGCAGGCUAGGUGGGAGAUGGUUGCUGCGGCUUCGGCGAUGGGGAAUGGGGUUGGGGGUGGCACGGGUGUGGGCGAGAAGAGGCCCGCGAGUAUGUGGGCGUUUAGCCGGGGCAAGCUGAAGGAGAUCGGGGUCCGGGGCAUCUUUGCCGGCUGGGGGCUGUCGUUCCUCAAGGACAGCCUCGGCAGCGCCGUGUUCUUCAGCGCGUUUGAGUACCUCAAGGCGCAGAGCUACUACAGCUUUGUGACGUGGUACUACGGCUCGCUCAAUGAGGACGCCGUCGUGCGGCUGUCGCGGAAGCGGCCCGCGCCCGAGGACGGGCGGCAGAGGCUGUCGAGGGACUGGGAGGGCGAGGAACAGCCGCCGCCGACCGUGAUCCGCCCGCACUACGCCAUCGAGCCCGCGUUCCUGCUGCUCGCCGGCAUGGGCGCCUCGGUCGCCCAGCAGGUCGUGCUGCAUCCGCUGUCGCACGUGCAGGCCGAGCACUGGGAGCGGCUCGAGGCGCUGGACGCCAAAGCCCGCAAGCUCAAGCUGAAGCGGCAGGCCAGGUCGGCCGAGCCGCCGGGGGCGAAUUCGACGUGGAGGUGGCGCAUGCUCAGGGCCUACCGCGACGCGUACCGGAUCACCUGGGCCGAGUGCGUCGCCGAGGCGCAGGCCGCCGGCCUCAGCAUGCGCCAGUGGCUGUAUCGUGGCUUCUGGUGGAACACCAUCCGCCAGGUGCCCAGCACGAGCGCCGGCCUGAUCAUCUUUGAGCUGGUCCGGAGGAAGUACGGCUUUGGCGGCGAUCAGGUCCGCAUCAACCGGGACGGUUAUGAUAUCAUGUUG